AACAGUCUAUCAAUAACUGGGCUAAUGUUUUGCGCAAGGUGCGAGAAAUUUCAAACAACUCUUAUUACUCAAGAUGUUGAUAUUAAAUUAAAUAAUAUUAAUGGUAAAAUUCAACGAAUUGAUUGUAAACUAUGUAAAAAUUUUAUUGCUAUUAUUAAUGAUAAUAAAGUUGUUAAUAUUGAUGAAAAAUUUAAUGGUUGUACAGAAAAUUCUUGGAGAAAAGUAAUCAAUGUCCAGGAUAAAAUUAUUUAUUAUAUACUAAGUCAAAUAAUUUAUCGAGAAUUGGAUACUCCAUGUCACGACAAAUUCGAGUCAAUUUAUGAUCACGCAGAUGAUAAUGACGAAAUAUUUCUCAAGUGGUUCGAUAGCAAACCAGUUGGAUUUUAUACAAUUAAACCAAAAGGGACCGAGAUUGAUCGGAUUAAUGAAUAUUCCAUGACAACUUUAGAUACUGCUUAUAUAAGAUCUCAGUAUCGAAAUAAAGGAUUGGGAUCUGAAAUACUUUAUGACAUUAUUAAACGUUAUCCAAAUGAAGAUAUUGGAUUUUCAAUACCAAUUUCUUACGGUAUGCUUCGUAUAUUAAAUAAAUUUUUGAUUGAACAUAAAGAGUAUCGACGAUCUUUUUGGGAAAUUCAAGACGGAGGUAAUGAGGGAUCUGUUAAAUUAAUAUGGUUUAUUUUACGAAAUCAACUGCAUAACUCAUAA